AUGCGGCCGACAUUCCGCGUGCUUGCGCGCUACUUGGAACCAGGCACUCCCACCGGCCUGGCCGGUCUCUGGACUCAUUCCACUCCUCGAUCGACGCUGCUAUAUCUGUACGGAACCACCCUCAACAAACUUCAAUCGAUACCGGAGACCUCUCUGUACCGCCAGUCUGUUGAAGCUGUCACGAAGCACCGUAUGGGUCUCGUGGAGCAGAUCGAACCCCCUGGAUACAGCGAGUGGGCCGCGCGAGCGAAAGAGCUUGUCAGCAAGAACCCCGAGCAAUUCCGAGUUGCCAGUGGCCGCGUUGAUGGUAGCGAAGCCAGAACAGUGAAGCUCGGAGACCGAGUGUUUGUGAUCGGGGCGAAGCAUGAAGCUGGCGAUAUCCGUUAUGAAGAAUGGGAUGGAGAGGCUGACGAGGGUGGUGAGCUAGAAGGUAUCCGAACUCCUGCCGAAAGAAAGGAUCAAGUUAUCUGGGCUGAGCGAAAACCAUUGGAGGAUCACGAGAAAAUUGAAUGGGAGGACGAACCUCAAUUAACUGCUGAGCAGGUACAAGAACUGGAGCAGAAGAUUGGGUCCGGGCUUAUCGAGGAAGUCAUCCAGGUCGCGGAAGGCGAACUUCGUAUUAUUGAAACCAUGGAACAAUCCCGAAUCUGGGAGGAUUUGGAGGACAAGCCUGUCGAGGGACAGUGGGAAUACUUCGACAGGAAAGGAAUGUAA